AUGAGCAGAAGAAGUGUGGUAUUCCUCGUAGCUCUCGCUUCCUUAACAGCUAUCAGUUUCGCUGAAGAUAGCAAAACUGGAGAAGAAACUCCUCAGUAUUGGAGAGCUAUCCUUGGUGACAUUUGUCAAUUGCCUUCUUUCCCAAGAGCCACUGGAGAUCCACACCGAUACGUUGAAUGUGUCCGUCAAAGCAGCUUCGCUGCCGACAGAAAGGAUCUUGGAAUCUGGCUUCUCCGUGAAUGCCUCCCAGGCUAUGAAUUCGUUGCAUCAUCCCGCAGAUGCAAAACCAUCCGCUCUGUUACUCGCCAACAAGAACUCUGUGACUCUAGCAAUGCUACUAGCUAUCAGUUCUGCCCUAGCGAGAACCGUGCUUCCCAGUUCCUUGUAGAAGAAAUUCGUGAGGCUCCCAGACAAUGUGCCUGCCCCAACGGUGAGAGCAACUGCGUCUGCCCAUCUCCCGAAAUUCUCGAACCAGUAAACAUCCCAAUCAACUCUGCUAAGGUUCGCCGUUCCCCACAAUCCAACACCAGAAUCCAAUUUUCUCAAUACCAAAACUGCCCAUGCCCCCAAUCUCAGCCUGCUUGUACCUGUGUCACCACUAAUGCUCAAAAUGAGCAAGUUUUGGCUUCUGUUCAAUGCUGCCCAUCUCAAACUCCUGCUGCCCAGCCAUGUCAAUGCCAACAGGCCCCACCUCAGAUUAACUGUCAAACAACUACCACCCAGCAACAGUACUGCCCACAACAACAACCAGCUGUUGUUCAACCACAAGCCUGCCCACUCGUUCAAGGACAAGGAGUUCAGAACGCUCAAUACCAAGGAAUCUGCUCCUGGAUGGUUGAUCCUUUGGCCGUAGACCCUCAAUCUCGCUCUCACUACCUUCAAUGCCAACCAGCCCCCAACAACUUGUUCUGUGGACGCUGGCAACGCAUGCCAUGUGCCCCAGCUACAGUUUUCGACGUUCAAGCUCAAGUCUGCGUUUGGGACACUCAAGGAACUCCAGGAACUCUCCCAACCCCAGCCCCAUAUGUUAGCACUCAGGCUCCUCAGAACAGCGCUUGCGGAUGUACCGGUGGUGUUCAAAUUGGUUCCUGCAACCAGAACUACCAAUGCCCUGGACAAUCUGUUUGUCAAGUUGGACAAAAUAACGGAAACCAGUGCAUGGUCUGCUGCUACUUCCGCAAGAAGUCCAAGCGCGCUUAA